UGAGAAGAUGGGACAUGGGCACUGAGCGAUGAGGGGGUGGGAAACGUGCUACUAGGGUUGAGGGACUUUCAGUUAUGUUGAGAGAUUGGGGUUGCUUUCCUUAGAGCAGAGAAAGUUAAGGGGAGUCCUAGUAGAGGUAUUGGAAAUGGGGGUGUUUUGAUAGAGCAAAUAGGGUGAAAUUGUUCCCGUACAAGUGGGUCAGUAACAACAGAUGAUUGAUUUAAAAUAAUUGGCAAAAAGAAUUCUGAGGGAAAUUGUUUCACAUGGCAGAUUGAUAUAAUCUGGAACAUGCGCCCUGAAAGGUUGGAGGAAUCAGAUUUGAUCGAGAUUUUGAAAAGAAUUACAGGGAGAAAGCUGGGACUAAGUUGGACAGCUCUUUAAAAGUGUCAACACAAGCACAACGAGCUGUAUGGCCCGCUUCUGACUUAUAAGAUUUUAUAAGGAGGAGGCGGCAAACAUCAAGGGUUAAGAUAGCUUGAAUGUAAGGGAUAGGGCUGCACCAUCUUCAUGAAAGAGUUUAGCUAGUUUUAAUUUGCUUACAAAUAUGUAGAUUUCAAUAAUGCUGAAUUGCAGCAUCUAACAAAAGUAAUAUACCUGUUUUCAUGCUCUUCAAACAAAAAUCAUAAUUUCCCAUAGUUUUCUCCGAUGAAGGCAAUGGCUUCAACCAGGUUUGAUUCUUGGUCUGUGCGCAAGUCAGCUGAGUUCAGCCAGAGUGACAUUGAGAGUUUACACUUCACUCCAGUGGGUCUGUACUAGGGAAGAAGAGCCCUUCUAGAAGCAAAGUGCUUCUGAUUGCUGCCCAGUAACCCUUUGUUGAAAUUGGACUUGUGUGUGGCGAUUGGCAAGAACAGGAUUGGGCUUUCCUUUGAGCUACCCGCUACGAUGGCAGAAACUCCGCAGCACGAUGACCUGGAAACCCUCGGGAGGCUGCGGGUGCAAGACUUCCUUCAGCAUUUCCAGAUGGUCAAACAAGGUGCCGAAGCCAAAAUCUACAGGGGCGAUUUCCUCGGCAAGCCAACCGUUGUGAAGGAGCGAUUCACCAAAUCCUAUCGACACACUGCUCUGGACAAGAAGCUCACGCAUCGCAGGACAACUCAGGAAGUACGUUCUAUCCUUAGGUGCAGGAAAGCUGGUAUUGCAACCCCAGUGGUGUAUUUUGUGGACUACAAUGCAAAUUGCAUAUACCUUGAAGAUUUAGUUGGGGCUAUAACUGUCCGUGACUAUAUAAUUUCUACUCAGAAGUCUGCAACAGAUACAGGGAAGCUUCUUCCCUUGGCUGAAAGAAUUGGUGAGAUCCUGGCAAAAAUGCACGAUGAGGAUGUUGUCCACGGGGACCUCACUACCUCAAACAUGAUGAUCCGACAGCCGGAGGAAGAGUUGAGUUUGGUCCUGAUAGACUUUGGCCUGAGUUUUACCUCUGCUUUGCCAGAGGAUAAGGGAGUCGACCUUUAUGUUCUGGAAAAAGCUUUCCUGAGCAGUCACCCUAACACGGAAAGUGUGUUCAAAGUCUUCCUAAAGAGCUACUCGACUGCUUCUAAAAAGUCAGACCCUGUGAUAAAAAAACUCGAUGAAGUUAGACAGAGAGGGAGAAAGAGAUCGAUGGUUGGAUAGUGAAAAUAUUUUUAUUUUAAUUGAAACAUUUUAUUUUUUCCUAACUUUUAUUUUCAAAGGCUUUAUGAAAAUAUGUGACAAAAUAAAGCCUGAAUUUGUGAUUGUU